AUUUCGUGGCAAAUCUUCUUUAAUCAUUUUCUGAUAUAUUCGUCAAUUGAUAUUUGUUAUAUCACAAAUUCGUCUUACAUAAAUACAUCGAAAAUAUGAAAGAUUUAAAUAAAAAAAGUAAUAUCUCUCGUUCGCCUGUCAACGUUUGACCAAACGUUGCAUCAUUUAGUGUUUACAAUAAAAUUCGAUAAAAAUCCCCUUUUUCUAGUGUUAUUGAUAUAAAAUGCAGAAUAUUGUUACAACGAAAAAAAAAAAGAAUGAGUAUACAUCCAGUGAUCGUAUCGAUUAUCGUAUUGAUUAUCGUAGAAAUAUGUCGAUCCCUUAUCAUCAACAGGUAACAAUAACCGAAAUAAUCUGAUAUUUAGAUAACCAUUACCAGAGAUUGUCAGACAAGACAAAGCGAAAGAAACGAAAAUAAGAUAUAAAAACUCAAUUACUCUACUUAUUUGAGAUUUGAGAAGUAUAUUCCAAGGAAAUAUAUACUUAGACAUGCAAAUGCAUAUCGUUGCAAAAUAAGUCUUAUGAAACGGGAGAGAAAAAAAGGAAGGAAAAAAAUGAAUUCGAGCAGAAUGAAAUGUUAUAUUAAUUACGUUAUCUAUUCGCUUGUAAAUAGAUAAAUGAAAGCUUCAUAUCAUUGUAAACUCGUGACACAGUAUAGUCUCGUGCUAAUAUUCCAUCGAAAAAACGAUCGCGAUCGAGAAUGAUUCGAUAUAAAAGAUUUAUUUAUAAGCAAGGCCUAUGUUGUUAAGAAAUAAUUCGACCAAUUGAAAGAUUUAAAGUAUCGGCAUUAGGCACGACGAGCGUUGCGCACGAUUUAACGAGCAUUAUUUCAAUUAACGCUUCAUAUGUUAGUCUCGUGGCAGACGCGAAUCGAUAGAAACGCUAACGUAAUUCGAUCCUAAGAUUCGUUCGUAAGACCCAGUUCGUAGGCCAAAAUGGAUUAUAUAUUGAUGAACGUUUUACCGUUACUCGAUAUGAAAUUAUGGAAUUUCCGUAGUCUAUACAAAGCCUUCAGUCGAAAGAAGCGGAUAAAUAUUAAUGCAAAUACGAAAUUGGAGAGAUGCCUAUCAACGUUGGACCUUACAGCUCUGGGUAUCGGAUCCACUCUUGGCGUUGGAAUUUACGUCAUGGCAGGAUCAGUCUCAAAAAAUAUCGCAGGACCCGCCGUUGUAAUCUCCUUCCUAAUUGCAGCCGUGGCAUCGAUAUUUGCCGGUCUUUGUUACGCUGAAUUCGGGGCUAGGGUGCCGCGAGCUGGUUCCGCUUAUGUUUAUAGUUACGUGACAAUGGGUGAAUUCGUCGCCUUUCUAAUAGGUUGGACGCUAAUCUUAGAGUAUAUGAUCGGUUCGGCUAGCGUGGUACGUGGGCUUAGCACCUACGUCGAUGCUCUCUUCAACAAUAGCAUGAGAAAUGCCUUUGAAUCGGCCGCUCAUAUAGAAGUUGAACACUUCUCUUCUUAUCCUGAUUUCUUCGCCUUCGGUAUCACCCUUAUGUUUUCCGCUGCCUUAGCGUUUGGCGCCAAAGAGUCGUCCACUGCAAAUAACUUUUUCACCUUGGUGAAUCUCUUCGUCGUCCUCUUCGUGAUAAUUGCUGGUUCCAUCAAAGCUGACGUUAACAAUUGGAAAACUCGGCCUCCUUGUACGGAAACAAAUUGUGAUCGCGGAACAGGCGGAUUCGCGCCAUAUGGAAUAUCGGGUAUAAUAACCGGAGCGGCAACUUGUUUCUAUGGCUUUAUCGGCUUCGAUUGUGUGGCCACUACCGGCGAAGAGGCGAAAGAUCCGCAAAGAUCUAUUCCCAUAGCUAUUGUUGCUUCUUUAACCGUUGUAUUCCUCGCGUAUUUCGGCGUCUCAGCCGUAUUAACUAUGGUGCUCCCAUAUUACGAACAAAAUCCCGAUGCUCCCUUUCCACAUCUCUUUGAGGUGAUCGGUUGGGACUGGGCAAAAUGGGUAGUGAGCGUCGGUGCGAUUUGCGGACUAUGCGCUAGCUUAUUAGGCGCAAUGUUUCCAUUACCAAGAAUAAUUUACGCAAUGGCAUCCGACGGAUUGAUAUUUAAAUGGAUGGGAAAGGUAAGUUCAAGAUUUCAUACACCCAUAAUGGGCACUUUCUCUGCAGGAAUUCUUACAGGAGUUUUAGCAGCGAUAUUCGAGCUUACUCAGUUGUUAAAUAUGAUGAGUAUAGGCACACUGCUUGCCUAUUCGAUAGUUGCUGCCUGCGUUCUUAUAUUACGAUACGAAGAAAGUGAAGCAUACGAGAAGAAGGGCGAUUGUGAUCCAAGGACUGUAACGUUUGUAAUUAAGCAACUAAUUAAUGCUAACAGAUUAGACUAUCCUACGAAAUUAACUGGACAACUGGUGACUUGCCUCGUUUUCUGUUACUUCAUUAUUUGCAUUUUUAUUACGGCGAUGAUAUCGCAAUUUUCCAAAGAAAUCGCUAAUGGCAAAGCUCUUUACGUUGUACCGAUAAUCAUAUUGGUCACCGCAUUAAUCUUUACUCUAAUCUUUAUCUAUCUUCAACCUUCAUCGGGCAGGAAACUUGCGUUUUCGGUACCUUUUGUUCCCUUUUUACCAGCAAUCAGUAUACUUAUUAACAUUUACCUUAUGAUGAUGUUGGAUUCGAUGACUUGGAUACGAUUCUUGAUAUGGAUGAUUAUUGGUAAUACACUCACGCACACUUAUGUCUUGUAAUAUACUUCUUCUACGGUAUGUGGAACAGUAGCAAUAGAGAGAAAAAAUCAUCCAAACCAGUGGAAAAUUGCUCCAAUGAGGAAGAAUGAAAAAAUAAUAAUUUUACUCUAGAAUUAGAUGAUUCUAUCGGCGAACAUGCCAUCUACGUUUUUAUUAAUUAUUGGGUGCUAAAGAAAAAUUGGUCGGAUUGUUGAGAAAGAAAAAAGAAAAAUUUAUUUCACUUACAAUAAUGAAUAAUCUAAUGUAGGCGUGUGAAGAAAAAAAAGGAAUUCUUUGGGUACUUUCAAUUUUUCUAAAAGAGUAUAAUCUUUCUAAAUUCUUCUUCGUUGACUAAAGCUAAUCGCUCGUCUCCGGUCCUUCUUGGACCGGAAGAAAUAUCGAUAUUCUCGAAUGUUUCGAGCAGAUCAGUCUUUUCUCGGAAACGUCGCACCACAUAGGGACUAUGUGCCCUAGCCAUUUGAUUUGACAAAUAUUUAUUUAUUACACAAAAAUGUUUCGUGCGAUUGCCACUCGGAUUUUUCUAUAUUCACGACCAAUGAUCGAACAUAAAUCGGACAGAAUGAAACAAAGGUAUUAAAA